CUCUCACAAAGUCGAACUUGAGGUGGAGGCACGUAGUAAAUAAACUGAAUGGAUCACAGAGCACUCUGCAAUUACCCCAGCGAGCGUUUUUCACUGGAUUUCACGGCAUUUUCUUUGGGGGUUGUUUAGCGGAGCUGACAGUCGUUGACUACUCUUAAAAACGGGCUGUCGGAGGAACGAGCUAAACGUUUGUUUUGGACGUUUAAUAACGCAACAAGCCACAGACCGUAUGGUGAGUGAGUUACUUCGGUGAGGGCAUACCAGGCCUGCCCAGUUAAACAGACAGAACAGAAAAUUAAAGAACUGAAUAAAACGUAAGACGUAAGAAAACAUUCGUUUCAGACGCAACGCGAACCUGUAUGUUACUAAAGCCGUUGUGGCGUGCCGCUGUUAACAGUCUGCGUCUUCAAAAGCUAACGUUCUUUCACGUUUUUGGCGCGAGCGUUCGGUCGCUUAUCGCUCGUGGGACAGGUUUACGCACCAGUAGCGCGUCUGUGGCCAAUGCCACCUGCUCACCGAAACCAAAUCUUUGAGAUUGAGCGGAAUACAAAAGCAGGCCAGGACGAGUUCGCUAGCCACGUCGCGUGCACUACAGCGGUUAGCUGUCACAAGGAUCUCCAUUGGUCUCCAUGCAUGGUUUGAGUUAAUAUCGGCGAACAUCAACAGAAAUGUCAGACACUAAUAAAGAAGUAGUGGAUCUGGUGUGGGGCAGACCCAGUGGCGGAGGAGUGCCUGCGUCCCUCUUCCGCAGGUGGUCACAAGGCUUUGUGUUCAGUGAGGCUGAACGCUCUGCACUGGAGCAGUUUGAAGGUGGACCGUGUGCUGUCAUUGCACCUGUGCAGGCUUUCCUGUUGAAGAACAUUUUGUUUAACACUGAAGGCUCAAACUGGAAAGAUAUCUCAGAGGAAGAGCAGAGGACAGUCCUGUGCUCCACCCUCAGCGAGAUCCUGGAGUCUGCCUGCCUCAGUAAGACACAGGCCUUUCACCUGGCCACUUUGCCUCGUGCUAAAACCACAGACAGCAGUGACAUCACUGACAGCCACCCGGAGCCUGAGUCAAGCCAACCUACCGACACACCGACUGCUUUGGCUGCUGAGGAGCUUGGCUUUGAGAGGUUUCACAGCAUCAUACAGAAGAGGACUCUCAGGACUGAGGUGGAGUUGAGAGAGGUGGUGCUGUCACUGUACGACACUUGGAAGAACAAAUUUGGGGUUCUGCUAUUUCUGUACUCUGUCAUACUUACAAGGUAUAUCUUUACGUUUCUCAUCCGUAAAGGAAUUGAGAACAUAAAGAAUGAGAUUGAAGACACCACUGAACCUCUGAUUGACCCUGUGUAUGGCCACGGCAGCCAGAGUCUAAUCAACCUUCUGGUGACGGGUCAUGCUGUAUCUAACGUUUGGGACGGUGAUAGAGAAUGUUCUGGAAUGAAGCUUCGUGGCAUCCAUCAGCAGGCCUCUGUUGGCUUCCUCACACUAAUGGAGUCACUGCGCUAUUGCAAGGUUGGCGCAUUUCUCAAAUCUCCAAAGUUCCCUAUUUGGAUCCUUGGCAGUGAGACUCAUCUUUCAGUAUUCUUCACUAAGGAGAUGGCUUUGGUUGCCCCCGAGUCUCCUUCAGAGCAGGCUAGAAGAGUCUUCCAGACCUUUGACCCGGAAGAUAAUGGGUUCAUUCCAGACACACUGCUUGAAGAUGUUAUGAAAGCGUUGGAUCUCGUCUCUGAGCCAGACUAUGUGAAUCUGAUGAAGAGUAAACUGGAUCCAGAGGGGUUGGGUAUUAUUCUGUUAGGCCAGUUUCUGCAGGAGUUCUUUCCUGACCAGGAUUCUGUGAUCCCAGACUCAUUUCCUGUGUAUCACUAUAAUGGCCUGAAGCAGUCCAACCACAAUGAGAAGGUGAGUUACGUUGAGGGCACUGCUUUGGUCAUGGGUUUCGAGGACCCCAUGGUACGUACGGACGACACCCCGGUCAAGCGCUGUCUGCAGACCAAAUGGCCCUACAUCGAGCUCCUGUGGACCACAGAAAGGUCGCCCUCCCUCAAUUAACCUUUAUCUCUCACCUUUCACCCACCAACCUCUGGCUACACAGCCCGCUGACUUCAGGAACGCUCAUAGGACUCCUCACUCUCUCUGCACUACAUUCAGAAGGCCAACUCGAGGCCUGAAGUUCAAACGAGAGACGAUGCUCAUCGCCUGGCACUCACACAAAGCCUCUUGUUUGCUUUUUACACAUCUCAACUGGCUUGAUUUAUUGAGCUGAUUUUGUGUUUAAAAGCCCUGAAGUGGAACAAAAAAGGUGUUUUUUCUAAAUUAUGUUACUGUCUGUUGCCAUCUCUUGUGAAUACCAAAUGUAUUUGCUUUUCAGGUGUUCAUAUUAUUUUUGUUAACUUUCUACAUGAUUUUGUUUACUGGUCUGAAAUGAUAAAUCUUGGAAUUAGCGCACCGACUGUGAUGAUCUUAUGAGUAAUUUAUGUAAUUGUUAAUAUGUAUUUUUGUUUGAAGUUUGAUUGUUAGUAGCUGUAAAUAUUUAAGGGAUCAUUUGACCAAAGGCUCUGGUUGGACGUAAAGUACUUGUGUUUGUCAGUGGUCAGCUGAGAAGCUGCUAUGAUCUGCAGCGCUCGGCCUUGAGAGGAAGUCUGUUUAGACAGGUUUACAAAAGAAUGCACUACAACCCCAUGCUGGGCACCAAACGACAGUGGGAGAAUAGGGCAAUUUUAGUAUUUAAACUUUGAAGUAACAACCCUCCGGGAGGGUAUCUGGAAUGACAGGAGGGAUUCUCUGCAUGAGAGAGAAGAAAAAUAACACUGACAAACUCUCACUCUUUAUUUAUUCUGAUCCUAAUGGUUCACUAAAAUAAACACUUUUGUUCUUCA